AUGCAAGAGAAACAACAGGCAUCAAAAAAUACAAGAAAUUCUGCCAUGAAUGAGGAAACAUGUGAUAUAUUAGGCAUAACUGCUGUUGUUAUAAAUGAUUUAAAGCAAAAGAGGCAAAAAGACUACAUCUUUGACUGGGACAGAGCACUGCAAAGUGAGGGUGAUAGCGGAAUAAAACUUCAAUACCUCCACUGUAGAUUGCUGAGUUUGGAAAAGAAUUGUGGUGUAAAGAUUCCUAAUGAUUGUAUACCUGAAUACCUCCAAGAAGAAGUUGUUGGUGAUGUUGUAGCAGAGUUAGCUAGCUCGACCGGC